CUUGCUCUGGGAGCGUCAGGAGCGGAAGUGGCCGCACGUGGGUCUGUGUUCUUUCGGCGGCAAAGAUGGGCAAAGCCAAGCACCAGGAGUCGAGGGAAGAGCCGGAGCCCGAGGCGACCCCGGAGAAGUCGUACCACGAGCUGGUGGAGAACGUGAACGCCAUCGCGCGGCCUCUGGCCUCCCGCAAGUUGACGCGCAAGCUGUACAAGUGCAUCAAGAAAGGUGCGCGUGCAGGAGGGGGAGGGGAGGGGAAGGAGGGCAGUCCGGCUUUCGGGGGCGGUGGGUGAGGGCUCCGUCCACCAACCCUUGCUGGAAACUCUCCCGUUUGACUUGCAGCAUCGAAGCAGAAGCAGAUCCGGCGUGGGGUGAAAGAGGUCCAGAAAUUCAUCAACAAAGGCGAGAAGGGGUAAGAACUGCGCGCCGUUGCGACGCGAUGUGCCUUCUUUCCCUCUCCAUGCCGCUGCCUGACGCUAGCAGUUCAGGUCUUGAAUUCGGAGCCAGUCUGGUUCGCCAGGUCUGGUCCCUACUCUCGCCGUGUUAGGAAAUCCUCUGUCUGUCUGUCUGUCUAUCUAUCGGAGAGAUAUAGACACGCAGUUAUGUGUUGUUUAGACACACACACACAGAGAGAGAGAGAGAGAGAGAGAGAGAGAGAGCGCGCGCGCGCGCGCUUUGGAAUCAGUAGAUGACAUUUUCUGAGAUGUUCCGGGUUGCAGGCUUUCAAAUAAUCCUCAACUAGUUUAUAAUCCUGUGAUUCUGUUGGUGCAAGACACAAAGGGACUGAAGGGACCCCGCUUUUAGUGCAGUCAUUGCCAAACUGGUGCCUUCCAGAUAUUUUGGCUACAGCUCAGGGCCCCAGCCAGCACAGCUGAUGGGAGUUGUAGUCCACAACACCUGAAAGGCACCUGAUUGGCGAAGGCUGUGCUAAUACACAUCUCCUCUUAGUCACAGCUAGCAUAGCUAAUUUUCAGGGAUUAUCAGAUUUGUAACAUUUGAAGGCCUUCAUCCUUGAAGGCAUCAUCACCAGAGAAACAAUCUGGUUGUGUGUGAGAAUGAGUAAGGGUGUCUUGCAUGCAGAUGAGUAUACUUUGCCCAGCAAAAACAGAUUUUAAUCCUUUUCAUCAGACCUCGUUUUCAGUUGGCUCUGCAUAGUAAGUUUUUUGCCUUGCAUGGACCUACUUGCCUCAGUGAGCUAUUUCACCUGCUCCUUUAUGUGUGUACAUGCAUGCUUGAAAUCUCUUAUUUGUGCAAAUGAUGACUGCAGAGAUGAAGCACAAUUUGAUACGUAUACACAGGAUUAUACCUGUAUUACAAUAUCAAAUAUUUGGAAGGAUUCAUAAUAUAUUUGUUUUAAUGUGUUUGUUGUCUUCUCUACUUGCAUUGCUCUGGUCUUAUUUUUGUUGCUGAUGCUGCAUUGUCUGUCUCUCUUAGGAUCACAGUUCUUGCAGGAGACACACUUCCUAUUGAUGUCUAUUGCCACAUUCCCAUCAUGUGUGAAGACAGGAGCCUUCCAUAUGUCUACAUCCCUUCCAAAACGGUAAUGUAGGGUGGGGAAGUAGAAGGCGGCUUCCAAUUCUUGUAGAAUUUUUAUUCUUCACCAUAGACCUGCAUCCUGAUAAGGAACAGAAAUCUUGGUUAUUCUAGAAGAGCAGUUUCACGCAGCUGGCAUUUAUAUAAUUUCUCCAUGUGAAUUGGUACAUGGUCCGUUUGCUGCUUAAAGUAAAAAAGGUAAACUUGUAUGUGAAUUAGGAAACUGAAUGCUGCUUUCCUAUUUUUUUCUUUCAGGACUUGGGAGCAGCUGCAGGUUCAAAGCGACCAACGUGUGUUAUCAUGAUCAAGCCCCAUGAGGAAUAUCAGGAAGCCUAUGAUGAGUGUAUGGAAGAAGUGGAGGCUCUUCCCCUCCCUUUGUGAAGAACAUCAGUAAGAGAUGCUACUAAGACUGACAAACAGGCACUUGCCUGGGCAAUAGCUUGACCCUGAUUUUAGAGGAGCCGUGCAAUGAAGAGAAUACUGCAGUUGGCACUGUCACCAGCCCUGUGGCUCAUACCCGCUUCAAGUGCCAGAUAUUAAGCAACUGAUUUAGAAAGAAGUUAUUGACUUGUCUUGCAGCAAGGGAAGUUUGUGAAGCUUGGGUGGGGGGGAAGGCGGAGAGAUUAAACUAAUUAAAACACUUGUAA